AUGGGUUCCAUCGGCCACAGGUGUGAGGAGCAGCAGGGUGGUGGUGUGUGUGAGGAGCAGCAGGGUGGUGGUGUGUGUGAAGAGCAGCAGGGUGGUGGUGUGUGUGAAGAGCAGCAGGGUGGUGGUGUGUGUGAGGAGCAGCAGGGUGGUGGUGUGUGUGAGGAGCAGCAGGGUGGUGGUGUGUGUGAGGAGCAGCAGGGUGGUGGUGUGUGUGAAGAGCAGCAGGGUGGUGGUGUGUGUGAAGAGCAGCAGGGUGGUGGUGUGUGUGAGGAGCAGCAGGGUGGUGGUGUGUGUGAGGAGCAGCAGGGUGGUGGUGUGUGUGAGGAGCAGCAGGGUGGUGGUGUGUGUGGUGUGUGUGGUGGUGUGUGUGGUGGUGUGUGUGAGGUGUGGGAUGUGGUGGUGGUUGGAGGAGGAUUGUCGGGUCUUUGCGCCGCGCGUCGCCUGAAGGAGAGGAACGAGGAGCUCCGAGUUCUGGUGCUGGAGGCCAAAGAUCGUGUAGGAGGACGAACUCUGACUCUGAGUUUACCAGCUUCCAAUGGCCAGGACUCCUGGGACAUGGGGGGUCAGUGGGUGGCCAGCUCACAGACUCAUGUUAUGGAUCUUAUCCAGGAUCUGGGGCUGGAGGUUUACCCACAGUUCACAGAGGGGAAGAAGGUUCACCACAUGGGCGGCGCUAAUGCUAAGAUCAGCACCUACACCUCCAGCAUCCCGUCUUUCUCUCCGCUCGUCCUGCUCGACUUCGUACGCUUCCUGUGGAGGACGGAGCGUCUGUGUGUGAGUGUGUGUGUGGAGAAUCCCAUGGAGACUCCUCAGGCUCUGCAGCUGGACAGUAUGACACUGCAGUCCUACAUGGAUCAGAACAUCUGGACCACACAGUUAACAGAGGAGCUGAAGCUCUGCACACGCACCGUCUUUGGAAUGGAGCCGUCACAGCUGUCCUUCCUCUACUUCCUGAUGUACAGCACUGCAGCGGGCGGAGUCAUGAAACUGCUGGAGACCACGCCCGGGUCAGCCCAGGAGUUUAAGGUCAAGGGGGGCACUCAGCAGCUGUCGGAGCGAGUGGCAGAGCGGCUCGGGAGGGAGAACGUGCGUCUGGGAUCAGCCGUGACGGCCAUAUGGCAGGAUGAAGAGAGCGUGCAGGUGAAGACUGGCGUGAGCAAAAUCACAUGCAAAGCCGUCAUUGUUACCUGCCCCCCUCACAUGGCAGCUCAGAUUGAGUAUCAUCCUGCACUGCCUCUGGAGCGUCAGCGCCUGGCACGGUGCAUGCCUGUGGGUCACAUGACCAAGUUUAUCAUCACGUAUCCUACAGCAUUUUGGAAGGAGAAAGGUUUCUCAGGUGAGAUCGUGGCACAUCCCUCUGAAAGUUGCCCUUUUGGGGUCACCUUUGACGCUAGCAGUCCCGGCGGGAGCCCGGCGCUGGUGGGCUUCAUCUCCGGGGUUCAGGACUGUUACUGGAACAGCCGAGAGUUGGAGGACAGACGAGACGCCGUCGUUAGCAGCCUGGUGAAGUAUCUGGGACCUGGAGCAGCCUCCUACAUUCACUACGAGGAGAAAAACUGGGCUAAAGAGGAGUAUAACGGAGGAUGUCCGGUCAGUGUCAUGGUCCCCGGGAUGCUCACCUUCUACCUUCCUAGCCUCCGAAAACCGUGUGGCAGGAUCUACUGGGCAGGAACCGAGACGGCUACGCGCUGGUGUGGUUACCUCAACGGUGCGGUUCAAUCUGGCCAGCGAGCAGCUCUCGAAGUUCUGGCAGAUGUUUCUCCAGAUGUUCUGUCUGAGAGUGAACUCCAAGAAGUGAGAGCAGAUCUUACGAAGGCACGGGUGGAUUUAUCCCGGGUUUGGGAUCACACCGGAGGCUCUGCCUCUUUGUCUCGCUUCCUUGUGGGUCUGAGCGUCAUGGUGGUCACUGUGGGCGGAGCCGUGUUCCUGCUCAGGCCGAGGUGGUGCAGUAGUUGGCUCAGUUGUGUUCUGGCUGUGAUUCAGAAAUGACCAAAGUUUGGGUUUUACACAUCAGGAGAAGCUAUUCUUCUGUUCUGAGUAAAAUAUCGUUAAUCACAGUGCAGGAUUUAAAGGCAUGGAAGAUUUUCUGUACUCAUUAAUAAAUAAAAUUUAAAGGCAUAUGUGAUACUGUAUGUGUU